AAAAAAAAAAAAAUUGAACGGACAAAAUAGGAGAGAGUAACCCGGAAGAGAGGAAAGGGAGCGCGAGCCUGACACAGAGGAACGACAAGGAAGGAAAGGAAAAUAAAGGAAAUAAAGGUAAAAUCUCAAUUGUAAAGGGAAGGAGCUAAGCUGGGAGUGCUUAAACAUAACUAAUACGUGGGACAUUACUUAAUACUUUAUAUCCGGGACCUAUAUUAUUUGGAUCACUGCACUAGUUAGGAAAUCUAGAUCAUGGCAUAACAACCCAGUGAGCCAAGAAGCCGCCGCCUCAAAAGAAGGGGAAGAGGUGGACGGAAGAAAAACACACAAAGGCAGAGUGAAGCCGUGGGAGGAACACAGAGGUUUGUUGAAGGGACCUGUAAGGCUAAAAGUAAAGAAUAAACAAACCAGAGAAGGGGAAGAUCUGACCUUGAGAGGAGCCUUGAGAAAGGAGGCUGUUUUGACUCCAGGAAAAUAAGCAAACAGAGAACGGAGGGGGAAAUAAUCCUCCCGCUACCACAAGGGGAUCUCGCGAGAACGGGGGACAGAGAAGGGAAAACGCUGACACAGGGAAAGUGAGAUCGUGCCAAAAGUACCCCGCGAGAACAGAGAGAGAGCCAACAGGUGAAAAGCAAGAUCAAUCAAUAAAUAAGGAAGGAAAGCUGGUGAGAAUAAUUGGAUUGACAAAGGAACGGAAGAAGGAGGCCAAAGAAGCAAAAGAAGGAGUUAGACAAAAGGAGCCAGACGAAGAAGCAGUAGAGGUAAAAAUUUGAUUUACUAGGGAAGGGAAAGAAAAUAAAUAAAUAAAUAAUAAAUAAAUAAACGAAGAAAGAGGCAAUUAGGAUAUUGAUAUAAGGGCAAGGUAAGGGAAUACCACGAGGGAGUAACAAAUAAAUAAACGAAUAAAUAAAUUACAGGAGAGAGACAAAGAACUAAAGAAGAAGGAGCAGAGAUAAAAGAAGGGAAAGAAGGAGAGAAGAAGAAAUAAGAAUAAAAUGGCACACUACAAACCAAAGGGAGAAAAAGAAACAAAGGACUUGAAGACCCAACCUAGGAGAUCAUCCAUACCGGAAGACAUGAAUCUCAGGGAUAUGAUGAGAGACAUGAUGAAGGAGGUUUAUAGAAUGCAAGAGAAGCAGGAUAUACUUCAAAAGAUGGUGCAAGAACAAAUGUCAGAUAUGAGAAAGGAAUGGAAGGAAGAUCUAGGAGAAAUGAAAAAAGAGAUGAACCAAAUCCAGGAAGAUUUGAGAGAAUUAAGGUCAGAGAAGAAGGAGUUAAGGAAAAUUCAAGAAACCACGCAGAAGGAAAUAAAAGAAAUACAUGAAAGAAAUAGAAAAAUGGAAAGGAAACAGGAAGAACUGGAAGCAAAAGAAAUGGAGUUCCAGCUAAGGUUACGAAACAUAGUGGAAGAACCAAGAGAAGAUAUAAGACUGACGGUGGUGGAGAUACUCUCCAAUCUCCUGGGAUGUACAGAGAGAGAAAUGGAAGAGCAGAUGGAUAGGACAUACAGAGUAAAUACAAUAUAUGCAAAGAAAAACAAAACACCAAGAGAUGUGAUUGUACAUCUGACAAGGAAAGUAAUAAGAGACGAAAUAUUGAAAAUAAACAACAGAAAACAAAUCUACUUUAAAGAAAAAAAGGUAGCCAUCUUAAAAGAACAACCAAGUUCGGUGAUAAACAGAAGAAGAAAAUAUACCCCACUCACUGACGAAUUAAAAAAGAGGAAAAUAAAGUUUAAAUGGGAAAGAGAAGAGGGGUUAAUGGCGACAUUUAGAGAACGGAAAUACUGGAUAACCACAGAAGAAGGUGCUAAAGAGUUCUUAAGAAAAAUUAAAUCAGAAAAGGGGAAGGAUAGAGAAGAGGAGGAACAUGAAAACAAUGAAAGAGAGAAGAAAAAGAAGAGAUUGCGAGAGUUCUCUCCGGAUAAGGAAGAGAUGGAUCUGGGAAACUAUAGAUUAAAUCUAAGAGGAAAUACAGAAAUAGCGAACCUGGACAGAGUAAAGGAAACACAGGAGGAAAGUAUGGAAAGAGUGGAAGAAGAGGAAGAAAAAGAGGAGAAAGAAGAAGAAAAUCAAAAAGAAGAAGGACAAUGCUAAGUGAAUUAAAAGUAUAUAUUAAUAAUGUUAAUGGCCUGAACUCACAAUAUAAGAGAAAUAAAAUCUUUGACACACUAAGCAAAAGAAACUGUCAAAUUAUUGCAUUACAAGAGACACAUAUAGCACACAGACAUGUAGCACAUUUAGAAAAUAAAAGGUUAGGUAAUGCAUUUUAUGCCUCGGCAGCAGAGAAGAAAAGGGGCGUGGUGACGUAUGUAAACAAAGAAAUACCAGCAAAUUUGGCCUUCAAAGACGGGGAAGGAAGAUUCGUGGGCGUAAACAUUACGAUACAGAAUGUGAAAACAUUGAUAUGCAAUAUCUAUGCGCCAAAUGACUCAAAAAAGAUAUUUAUAGACAAGCUACAAGAAAAUAUAAAUAAUCAGGAAUUUGAUCAACUAAUGAUUGUAGGAGACUACAAUGGAGUAAUAGACGGAAAAAUGGACAGAAGUAAAGAAAUGGGGAAGAAGAAAGACAAAACAAGCAAUUCGGGUAAUCUACCAAAACAAAUGAUAAAUAUGUUAAAAGAUUUUAAUCUGGUAGAUGCUUGGAGAGAGAAAAAUGAAAAGACGAGGGAUUAUACCUUCUAUUCGUCCAGGCACAAAACCUGGUCCAGAAUUGAUAUGGUUUGGACUUCAAAAUCUCUAGUAACAAAAAUAAAUAAGAUAAGGAUUUUACCAAGAUUGGAUUCGGACCAUUGCCCGAUUGAACUAAAAAUCUAUAACUCAAAAAAAAACA